CAGCACGUCACACUUGUGGAUCUUCCUGGAAACCGGGACCGUAACAAGACCAGAGACACAAUGUGGAAAAAGGUUGUUGGAAGUUGUUCUACUGUGUGGAUUGUGGCUGAGAUCAAUCGAGCAGCUUCUGAAAAAGAAUCCUGGGAGAUCCUGGAAGAAUCCUGCAGCCUCAUGGGAAAUGGUCGCGAGUGUCAGCAGAUUCAUUUGAUCUGCACCAAGUCUGAUAGUCUUGGAGGUUCAGAUGAUCAGUCAGCAGCUGAUGUUCGUGCUCUGAUACUAAAACAAAACGAGCAAGCCAAGAUAGACGUGAAGGCAGAAUUCAGCAAACUAAAAGACGUUAAGGAAUUCCUGCUUCCUGCCGUCCGGCUGGAUCCCAUGUUCCAGGCAGUAAAGCUCCCAGCAGGCAUUGCCAAUCUGCACACCAGCCUGACCAACGUGGAUUGA